AUGACGACAGAUUUAAAUAAAAGAUCAUUAAGAACUAGAAGAAAAAAAACAAUGAAUUCAUUUUAUUAUAAUAGUGAUUAUAGUAAUGACUUAAAUAGUGAAGAAUCUAAAAGUAGAUUAAAUUUUAGUAAAAAAAGUGAUACAUCUAAUAAAUCAAAAGAUCAACAAAGAAAAUAUCAUGAAUUAUAUAACAAUAAAGAAUUAAGUAACUCAUCAACUAUGAACGAUUUGAAUGGAGAUUCAAUAAUAACUCAUGAUAAGAAAAAUGAGUGUUCAGAAGAAAAUAGUUUAAAUGAUUUUAAUGAUGAAGAUACUUUAAGAAGGAUAAAAAAUAACAAAUUUAAUGAAGAAAUUAUAAAUAUUAAAAAUGAAGUGAAAAUGGAAAAUUCUGUUAAAUUAGAUAAAAGCAAAAGUUACAGUAAUGUAAAUAUACCAAGUAAAUCAAACUGCAACCGAGUAAAAAGUCUUCCAAAUAAUAAUGAAAAUAAUUAUGCAAAAAUGGCAGAAAAGCUACCACAUGUAGUUGGUGUAAGAUUUGAUAAAUCACAAAAUAGAUGGUUAUCAGGUAUAUGUAUAAAUGGAAGAUGUAUUAAUAGAUACUUUCCAGUUUAUAAAUAUGGGUUCGAAGAAGCAAGAAGAUUAGCUAUACAACAUAGAAAAAAUUUUGAAACAGCAAAUUUAGGUCAUUUAAAAAAACAACAAGGAGAAUCUAAAACUUCGCAUUUAAAUCUUCUUAAUAUUAAUUCACAAAUACCAAAUGGAUUUAAAGAUAUUCAAGGAAAAAAUAAGUUAAUAUUUAAAUAUUUAUCGUAUGAUUCAGUUCAAAAAGAAUGGGUAGUUACAUAUGAUUAUGAUAAUAAGGUGUUGGUUAAUAAAUUCCCAAUAGAUAUAUACGGUUAUAAUAAUGCAUAUGAAAUGGCAGUACAUUGUAUUAAUAAAUUAAACAUAUGUAAUCAAGAAAAGAUGUGCAAAUCCAUUAAUAAGAAUGAAAAUGGGAAGAAUAUUAAAGGUGAUAUAAAUUGUAUGAAUUCUCAAAAUAAUUUAAAUGAUCAAGAUAAAUGCUUUUCAAUGCAUAAAGACAAGUUAAGUAAAUUAAUUAAUAGUAAUAGUGCUGAUUUUCUAAUGAAUAAUAAAGCAGAUUCAAGGAAUGAAGAAAGUAAUAAUAAUAGUAGUACUGAUUAUAAUGUUGAUAAGAAGCAUAAAUCCUUAAUUGACAUAGAUCAUUUGAAUCAAGUAGAUAAAUCACUUUUAAAUGAUUCUAAGAACCUUUUUAAAGCUGAUUCAUCUUUUUUAAAUAAUGAUGUAAAAAUUUUGAAUGGAAUAAAGCGUUUAAAUACAAAUUCUAUGAGUAAUAAUGAUGAUGAAGAUAGGUUGCUAAAUAACAAAAAUAUCAAGGGAAAUACAUAUCCUUAUUUAAAGAAAGAACUUAAUGAAUCAUAUCCAAUGUCAAAUGAUGGAAACUUGGAUAAAUUGGAAAAGGAAGGAAUUCUUUCAUUAGAUAAUAGAAGUUUUUUAAAUGAAAGUACAAAAAAUAAUUUGAUACAAAAUUCAAAUAAUUACAAUAAUUUUAAAAAAUGUAAUGAAGAGAGUUUAAAUGUUCAGCAGCUUUUGAAUUGUAAUUUUAUAAAUGAUGAGGAUAAAAGUGCUCAUCAUCUUUUAAGUAAUGCAUUAAAACAUAAUAAUAUUAGUAAAUCAUUAGAUGGUUUUUUUAAUUCCAUUAAUGAAGAAAGUGACCAAAAAGACAAAAAAUCUAAUUAUAUUUGCUAUAAUAAAUAUAAGGAUAAUAAUAAUAAUAGCAUUUCAGGAAUAGGUGAAGAAUAUUAUGAUUCAUUAAAUUAUGAAGGACUUCUAAACAUUAAUAGUAAAAUAAAAAAUAAUUCUGCAAACACAGAAGAAAAAGAAAACUUUAACAAUAAAAUUAAUAUGUUGGAAUCUAUUGAUAACAAAGAAGAAUUUAAAUGCUAUGAAACCGUCAAAAAAGAAAAGGAAAAUAAAGAUUUUCCAUUUAAUGAUAAUAAAAAUAAGGAAACAAAAAGUAAUAAAAAUAAUGAAAAUUUAAAUUUAGAAAAUAUAUUAAAAUUUAAAAAAAUGAUAAGAAAUAUACUAAACAAUAAUAGUGCUGAUAACAAUGAAAAAAUUAUAAAAGGUAUUAACAUACUAAAAAAUAUGACAAUGAAUGAUAAUUUAAAUUUAAUUAAUUUUAAUAAAAUUUAUAAUAAUUACUCUUUGAAUAAUGUUAUUAAAAAGGAAGGCUAUGCUAAUAAUAUGCAAAAAAAUGUAAAAAUUAAUUGUGAAGAAUCUUUAAAUUAUGAUGAAUAUAUUUUGGUAAAAAACGAAGAAGAUGAUGUUUUAAAUGAUUCAGAAGUAAAAAAAAGUGAUCAAAAUACUAGUGAAUUAAGCAUUACUAACGAUGAAGUUAAUGCAAAUAAAGAAAAUAUUGAUAAUGUGGAUAAUUUUAAAGAAACUAAUGAAAAGAACAAUGAAUCAGAUGAAAACAAUAAUAAAUCAAAUGGUAACGAAAUUAGUGAAAAUUUUGAUAAACUAAAUAAUAAUGAAUUUAACGAAAAUAAUAAUAAAUCAAAUAAUGAAUUUAAUGAUAUAGCUUUUAAAUUAUGUCCAUGGAAAAAAGGGAUACAAUGGAAUCAUUUUAAAAAUAUGUGGGUAUGUAAAAUAUGGGACAGCAAUGGUAAUGAAAUUACUAAACAUGUUUAUAUAUUAAAAAAAGAAGGAAUAGAAAUUGGUUAUAAUUAUUGCUAUAAUAUUCGCAGAAAGUCUUUUAUAUAUUAUUUAACUAAAGAAUUAAAAAAGUUUCCAAAUAUAGAAGAAAUUUCCUAUGAUUUGCAAUAUCUUCAUUUCAUAAUAGAAUAUAAAGAUAAUGAAAAAAAGUUUUUUUCAUUUGAAGGAGGGAUAUAUAAAUCUUUUAUAGAAUGUGUUGAAUAUUUAAAUAAAAAAAAAAGAGAAUAUAAUGAAAAUAUAUAUGAUAUAUCUAAUUUUAUAAAAGAAAAAAAUAAUUUAGAACUAGACGAUAUUUAUAAAGAAUUGGAUUAUUUUCAAUAUAAUAAAAACCUUUUAAAUAAUAUUUGUGAGCAGACAAAAGUUGCCUAUAGCAUAAAACCUUGGGUCAAAGGAGUUAUAUGGGAAGAAAAAAUGAAGAAAUGGAUAGUAUUUUUUAAAGAUAAAAAUAAAAACUUAAGAAUAAGUUUCUUUAGUCCAUCAGAUUAUAAUGACGAUGUAGUUUUAUCUUAUAAUAAAUGCUGUGAAUAUUUUACACAAAUUAAAGAAUCUAAUAAUUUUGAUGAAAAUACAGAAGAGUUUUCAGAAUCAAUUAGAAAUUUUAUAAAAAAUUUUGAGUUCGAUAAAAUAAUUGAACAAAAUAAAAAUGAUACAAUUAAUGAAAAGCAAAAAAGUAGUUACAACUGUUUUAAUAGCAUUGGGAAUAGCAGUCAAAAUAAUGAUGAUAUAAAGACUAAUGGAGAAAAUCGAUUAGAAGGCAAUAUAGAUGACAGUAAUGAAAAAACAACUUUUGAGAAAAAUAAUGAUUUAAAUGAAAAUAAUAGCCUUAAGGAAAAUUGUCAAAACUUAAGUUUUAUAGAAAACAGAAGUUAUAAUUUAAGUAAUUUAGAACAAAAUAAGUUUAGUAGUUUCCAUUUAUCUAGUGAAGAUAUAUCUUUACUGAAUUGCAACGAGAAAAAAAUUAAUUCAGGAAUAAAUGGUAAAUAUUCUUUACCGAAAAUAGAAGAAAGUUAUGCAAAUGAAAGUAAUUCUCUUCAUCACAAUGAGUUUUAUAAUAAUUUGAAUAGUAUUAAAUUUGAAGAAAACGGAAAAAUUUCAAAGGAAAACGAUACACAAAUAGCUCAAGAAGAAAAUAAAAAAUACUUUGAACUUGAUGAAAAUUGUAUAUCAAAAAAUAGUAGGGUUAUUGAUGGAAACAGUCAGGUUGCACAUAAUGAAUAUACGAGUGAAGAAAACAGUUAUAAGAUAGGUUGUUCAGAAUUAGAAAAAAAAAGAAAAUCAAAUAUUAAUGACAUUGGAUAUUCUAAUAAUUUUUAUGUAGAGGAGGAUGUUAAUAGUGUUCCAAGAGAUAUAAUGAAAGAAAAAAAAUAUGAAAAUAGCCUUUUAGGAGGAAAUAAUGAUGAAGCAAAUAAUAAUAUGGAUACUUCUAAUAAUAAUAGCAGUAAUAGUAGUUUAUUGAAAUCUAGUGAUAUGCCAGCAAAUAUUGCAUAUAACAAAAAUACCGAAAAUGGUAAAGUUUUAAGAAAUUAUGAAAAAUGCGUGAAUAUGGAUAAUAGAACUAUUAAUAAAAAUAGUGGGAAAAUGGAAAAUUUAUUAGAUAAUAAUGUAAACAUUAGACUUCCAAAAAGUGAAAUAUUAAAUCAAGCAGCAAGUUUACCAAAACUUCAAGGAAUGUUUUUUGAUAAAAGAAGAAAUUACUGGACUGUCAGUGUAUGUGGUUUUAGAAAAUCAUUUGGUGUUAGAACAAGAGGAGUUUAUCAAGCAUAUAAAUUGGCUGCUGAAUUUAGAAAUAGAAUCUUAGAAACAAAUAAAGGUAAAUGUUACCCUCAGAAAAAUGGAAGUAUGUCAGGAAAUUAUAAAUAUAAUUUAAAAAACAAUAUAUUAAAAGAAGAAAAAGGAAGUUCUAUAAAUGAUGGUAAUUUAGAAGACAAUUUUAAGAAGAAAAACGCAUCAUCAGGUAAUAUUGGUAUUGAAAAAGAUCUAUAUGCAUUCAAUGAAAAAAGAGGAAGUUUUAAUAUAAAAGGGAAGGUGAGUUCUAAUAUUUAUGACUACAUUUUAGAUAAAAAAAAUAACUCUAUUACUAAUAAUAAUUUUAUGAAAAAAGAUAUUGCUAGCACUGCUAAUACUAUGAAUUAUGAUGACAAUUAUGGAGAUAUGGAAGAUGGCAAAAUGAGUUUUAGUUUAAAAUCUAAUAAAAGUAAUGAGAAAAGAUCUAAAGGUAAUUAUACUCAAGCAAAAUAUGAAAAUAAUAUUGAUAGUAAUCUCAUUCACUUUUUAAAUGAAGGUGAUAUAAAAGAUAAUAAGAAUAAUCCAUUUAAAAAAAAUAUUUCUUCAAGUAAUAGUGCAAUAAGCAAUACAGGAAUAGCAACCAAUUAUUCUCCCACUCAUAUAUAUGAAGUUGAUAACUUACAUGGUAAUCAAGACUACUAUGCGAAAAAUGAAGAUACAAAAAAUGAUUUAAGCAGAAUUGAAGACUACAAAAACAAAAAUAUUAGUCCCAACUUAUAUAUUAAAAAUAAUAUGAAUGAUGAUAAUAAAAUAAAUUUAAAUAAUGUUUUAGAAAAUGACAAACUGUAUAAGACAACAACUUAUAUGGAAAAUUGCAAUGAAUUAUAUUCGAGGAAUUUGAAUACCUCUGAUUUUGAUAAUAAUAAUAAUAAAAGUUUAAAUGAUAUAAGUUUAAUGAAUAAAUUAAACCAACAAAAUUUUGAAGAAAAUAUGAAUUUUACAUAUUCAAAUAAUAUAAGCCCAUCUGAAGAUUAUUGUGAAAACAACAAAGAAGAUUUAUAUAAAACGUACAAUUACGAAUCAGAAAAUAAAUCAUAUAAUUAUAAUACUUUGAUAGAUGAGACAAUAGAGGAAAGAGAUAUUAGAAUAAAUAAAGAAGUAAAUAAGUGUAAAUUUGUUGAUGGAUUAAUAUAUGAUGAAGCAAAUAAGUGUUUUAGAAUAAAAAUUAAUGGUUAUAGAAAAGCAUAUUCAGUUAUUAGAAGAGGAGUAAAGGAAGCUUAUAAGUUAAGCAUUGAAGCAAUACAUCAAAUUAGAAGGCAAACAAAAAUGAAUAAUUAUAACUCAGAAAAUUCACAAAUAAAUUCAAAUAAUUUAACACAUUUUUAUAAUUCAAGUUCGGAAAAUUCUCGCCAUGGUUCACUUUAUAAUUAUCAGCAUAAAAACAAAACGGAUAUAAACAAUGAUUGUACAGAGGAUAUUUAUGAUAAUCCAAAUGAUAAUAAUAAUAACAAUAACAAUAAUAAUAAUAAAAAUGAUUGCACUAAUGAAAACAAACAAAAUGUUGAAGAAAGCAUGUUUCCAAUUUUAAACGUCGAUGAUAAAUAUUACGAUUUACUAAAAACUGCUAUAAUGAUAUGUUUAAACGAUAUACUUAUGAAUUCCAUACCAAAAGUAUUUCAAUUACAUAAAAAUUUAAACAUGUCUGAUAAUGUAAAGCUGGAAGAUUUAUUAAAUAGUGAAAGAAAAAGAAAAGAACAAUCAUUGAAAUAUCAUAUAGAAUAUACUCAAAAUUCAAUAAGUAUUUCUUCACUUAUUCCUUAUCUUAAAUUAUUCAGUACAGAAAUAUUAAACAAUAUUUUGCCAUCAGCACAAUCCUUAGAAAUUCAAAGACUUAUUAUACAUUCACUUGAUUUACAAGCUUAUAAUACUUUAUAUUAA